AUGAAUUUUGAACAAGAGGGCAGAGACCUUCUGGAUCACAACAAGCGCCUCAAGCAAGAGCUCCGAGAAAGCAAGGAGGAAUGCGCGAGACACGUGAAUGACUACAAUACCCUCGUAGAUGAAUACAACGAGAUGCCCGGCAUCCAAAAUGCAAAACUCAGGACAAAGAUAAACAAGAUCAAGCAGCUCCGGGAAGAGAGCGAGAGUCUCGUACUCGAGAUCGAAGAUCUGGAGAAGCACCAAGAGCAGCAGGGAAACAAGAUCAAGAAAGACACAAAGCUGAUCAGAAAGCUGCUGGAAGAUCGCGACGAUCUCCAAGAACGACUGGCAAAAGAGACCGAGAGGACGCAGAGAGCGCACGUGAAUCUCGACUUCAAAGUCAAGCAAAGCAUCGCAACUUCAACCAGGCUGGACAAACAGCUGGGAGACGAGACGUUUCGCAAAGCCAUGGAUCAGAUAUACGAGAAAUUCCGCGAUUGCUUCUCUGUGGUUCGACGCAGACAAGAAUUUGAUAUCAGAACGAGACCAAGGAACGAGUCCUUGGAGAAAUUUCUGUCAAAGCAUGUGCCCAGCUGGAGGGAAAAUAACGCAGAUGUCAGACUGCAUGUCUGUAUCUCCCUUGUCUCGAGGAUCCUGACUCAGUUUGUGAACAGCAAGUUUGUUUUCGGCAUGCCCAACGAGGAUCUCAUCAACGCCAAUUGGAGAGCAUGGACCGCAUUAGCAGAGGGCCCACAAACUUCCAGAUCGCAGCGAGAUGUCAAGAGAUGGAUGGCUAUGACCAGCACUGUUCUGACUAACAAUCACCAGGAGCUUAUGCUCCAAGCCAGAGAAGACAGCCUAAACUUCAUGCUGGACACCAUGAAGCAAGACUUGGAGGCCGCGACCACCAUGGAUUUCACAGACGCCAUACGGCGAAGACUCUCGGAUGCCAUAUCGCCACACCUCACGACUCUGAGGUUGCUGCAUUUCCAAGAGUGGAAGUACAAGUUCAACAUGGUGACGGCAAGCCGCAAAGGCGAGCCGGUACGCUUCAGCCGAGCUCGAAUGGAUGGUAUGUUUUGGGAAGAGAGCGGUUAUGUCCAGGCCAGCUUGUUCCCACAGCUGUGUAGACUAGAGGAAGAUGAAGAAGAUGAGGAAGAGACCUACACGGUUGUAUGCAAAGCCAGAGUCGCAGUCGUGGCUACGGUCGAGGCCGCAAUGGAUGAGAAGGUGGGGGGUGAUGAUGAGGAGAUGGAGGGCACCACAGACUCGGGAGGAGUGAACAACACGGAACCUAGGGCAGGACUCUCGAGAGCCCUCGGAGAUGAUACGAUGAAGGCGGAGGACAAAAAUGGAGAGGAACCCAAGAGAAGCACAGUUUCGGGUUCUUUCGAAAAGGAGGAUGACGAGAUGGAUGAACGCGCUUGA